GGUUCAGCUGAGUUCAGUUGCGCCACUUGGCCGUUGCGGUUCGCGUGUCGUCGCAAGCUCGCGAAAGCUCUCUCGUGCGCGCGAAAUUAUAUCUCAUUUUUUUUUUAAAUUUAUUGCUCGACCGUUGCUUUCGCUUCUGUCUCAUUUCUUUCUCUCCCGAACCCUCUUCUUUGCCGGGAAGAUACGUGGGGUGCACGUAUUAGGAAAGGAAAAGACAGAGAAGAGUGCUGCGAGCGUUCGAUGUUUCUUCUCGCGGAGGUCCACGAUCGCCACAAGGAUGCCUAACGAGAACGUGUGUGCCUGUGGCGUAGUCGUGGAUCUGCCAAAGUCACGGAGUAGCUCGGUAGAGCUUCUGGGUAAGCUGACCAUCCUCCUGCCCAAGACAAGGGGCAACAGGUCGGAAGGCAAAAGCUCGCGGAAGCAACACGAUGAUGGGCGGGUACCGAAGACUCGUACGCCAAGUGAGAUCGGAAGCAGUAGCACGGUAACGGAGCCUACGAGAUCCACGGUGAAGAACAGCAAGCAUGAGAAGCGGCUCACUCACUCGCGGAGAACUCGAAGCGCCGAGAGAGCCGAGUCGCAUUACACUUACAUCGAUUCGGGCUCGAGUAUCCUCGGCGGAGGGAUUCGUGAGAACACCAUACCGGAAGUGCUAUACGCCACCAUACCGGACACGCCGAGUGCGAGCGUCAACGAAACGAUCGGAACGAGUCGACCGAAUUCGCAGAGCAGAUCGCAGCCCCUUUACUCCGGCAUUCCGUCUAUGACGUCGCCGCCGCCGACGUACGACGUGGCGAUUGCAAAAACGUGGCAGACUGGUCUGCCACCGACGUACGAGGAAUACCUCUAUCACAAGUACGCGAUGAUGUCACGCUCGCACACACCUCCGCCGCCGUGGUCCGACUCGACGACGACGUCGUCGUCGUCUAACCCGACCUCGAGUAUUCAGGCGCGACGUGAGCUCUUGGCCAGCCAACCUGAGCUUCGCGAGUACCUGGCGCAGCUGGCGCUAAGCGAUCGUGGUGCGCAAUAUCAAUAUCAACAGCAGCGACAACAAUCUAGAGAUGCUGUCUGCGCGGCCCCGAGGGAACAGCAGGUCAGAGUGCAGCAGCGCACACGGGCGAUGCCUCCCAGAUCGCAGAGCGAGAGUCGAGCGCAACAGCAACGAAUUGCAGCGAUGUAUACGGAUGCUGCGUUUUGCAUGGAAACCACGGUGCUGCAGUCGGCCUUCGAUUCCGGCCAAGGGUUCGCCCUCUGCAGCUUGAUGUAAAAGGAUGUGCAGCUUCACUUCGGUGGGAAAUUUCCAGUAGGUUGAUAUCAUCAUCAAUCUACGAUCGAGUUCAUCGUAUGUUCGCGAAUGUUUAUUUUGACAGUUGAACUGCGUCAAGGAAAACGCUUGCGAAACCUGCUCGACUCUGGAUUGAUGACGUAUUCACCUAAUCGCAAUUCAUAGACGUCAACGAUAACGCUACAGCAUUGCUGAAACGUUGCGUCCCGGUGCUCUUGCGAAUUUUAAUGAAUAAAGCCUCACAAUUAGUAUCGAUUUCCUGAUAGUAAAGUAUCAUCGCCUCGUAAGUACAUGUGAAUAUGUAAGUAUCGAAUGGUAUCAAUUCCUAAAUGGUAUCUACUUGAAAGUAUCAGUCCUCUAUAAUUAUUUCCUGGAUGCAAUCAGUACCACAAUUCUAGCUAGCGCUACUUCCGUACGCUAGGUACCUAGAUUCGUCAUUUGUAAUCGAUUGUUACUGUUAUGGAUACCUGUUAAUUUCCGAUUUAAUUUUUAUAGACAACUUUCCAGAAAAAAGAAAAAGCAAAGAAAGAAAUAUAUAAAUAAAUACAUAUAUGUUCAUAGAUAUUUAAAAUAACUUUUAGAAUAAGGUGAUAAUAAGAUUAAGCUAUUUUGCGAUAUUUUUUAUUACACGAAUUAUGAAGAAGAUUGCGAGAAGUUGGUUGAAUUUUAGUUUCGAUAUAAAAAUUAUUUCGACCGGGCGCAUUCCUGAUUCCUUCUUAGAAUGAAUCUCUCCAAAUGACAAAUUUCGGUAUCUCGAUAUUCAAUUUUCAUUCUCCCAGACAACAAUGACGUUUGACACAAGAUCCUGCAGGGCUCUUACAUGAAAAAGAAACGGCGGACGGAUUGUCGGACGCACACGAAAGAGCGAGCUUUUUAUUCGCAGGAAACUGGAACUUGUGACAACGUGUCGUACAGCAAGUUCCGCUGUUUUGGCGUAAAGAAAAUGGGGAAACUUGGUGACCCGGAGCGAUCGGGGAAACCGAGGGCAAUCGAGGAUAGAUCGGGUACACGAUUUUGCUGUUCGCUCCGUUUGGUCGCGCAAGGAACAAAGACGGAUAAUGAACACGCUCUAAUUUUUCCGAAUCGCCGAAAGACAUUUCUGGCUUUUCCGGCGCGCGAUAAUUCUAGUUUCUACGGGAAAUGUUAUAUAACGAAAAACCAUGUAGAUUCAAUUUUUCAAACUCUAUAGAGUUUCUUUAUCUUUUGAAAAAAAAAACUUGUAAGUGUUAUAACUGAUUACUAUAUUCGUAACUGAUGAUAUUUCGUUAGUUAACUAAUGUAGUAAUCAAUUUAUUGAAACAAUUUAUCAAUUUUUUUUAAGGAAUCGGAUGGCAAUUCUGGUCACUAUAUUUUUUUUCCACGAAAAAAAAAGCCCGAAGAAAAUAUUUCAAGUCAAACGUCAGUUUCGUUUAAAGAAUGAAAAUUAAAUAUUGAGUCGUACGUUGAGUUAAUGUAAUCUCAUUUUGCCUAUAUUAUAAUUUAGAUUAAAUCUAACCGUGUUAUUAUAAUUUGUAAAAUUGAGAGCGUUGCAGAAUGAAAUUCCGAAAGCGGAAAUUAAUAGCAGAAUUUUAUUUUUUAUUGAAUUGCGGAGAACUUUGCCGCAAACAAAAUUUAAUUUGAGGUUUAACAAUUAUAUUUAAUGUAAUAAAUUGCAAAGUUAGACAUUUUUGUUCAAAUUUUGAAUUAAAUUUUUUCUGUAAAAAUGCUGUCCUUCUCUUCGCCUACGCAACAAAUAAUUACCAUUUCGCUUUUCUAGUACGUAGAAAUUGUUUCAGGUGUAUUUUUUUGCGAUUUAUAAAUCUGAUGGUAGUAACUAACUACGAAGUAAAUUUGUUAGCGGAGCUAUUUUUGUUUCGCGUACAUCACACUGAGUUACUUCAAACUGUCGUUUAGCUUUUAGCAAUUUAUAAAUAAACGAAUGCACGAAUGCGAGCAUUCGGUAUUAAACAUACAUGGUCCUAACAUCAUACAAAGCAGAAAGUAGUAUGUAAAGUUGGUGUUGAUCACAUGUUACGUAGCGUAGCGUGACGUGUGCGUUAAAGCGCGCCAGUAUCGCGUUAGAAGUAACUAUCAUAGACGUAAUAAAAUAGAAAACGUGUGCAGUUUUAGUCGAAUGUGAAAUAUAAGCAUUUCUUGACUCCAAUAAUUAAAUGUACCGCGAGGAAACUUUGUGCGUCACGAGCGAAUCGUAUACGUUUUUUUUCUCCCGUUAUCUUAGCGCCAGUAAUCGAAAGCAAAGAUUAGUAUUAUUUAAUUAUACAGUACAUAUAAAAAGUUAGGGAUGCGUAUAGACUGUCGCAUAACUUUCGUAUUACAACUCAUCGCAACUUAUAUAUGUCACUGUGUAACGUAAAAUUCUAUUUUAAGAUACGAAAACAAUUCUCGUUGUAUCGAAAUUUUUCCGUCGGUUUUGUAACGUCUCUUUUUUUUUUCUUUAUCGGCGAGACGUUGAAGCCUGCAAAACUACUGAUUGUAGGACUGACACUCGCCAUGGGAUGGAACGAGCGAGUUUAAAGCUGACGAGUGUUUAAAGCGACUGGGUCUGCUCUCCGAGCGACUGAACGUGAUUGGUUCUUACCUGUGGCUCCAACCAAUCACGUUCCAAUCGCUCGGCGAGCACGCCCACUCGCUUUAACGACUUCAACUCGAUCAAUGAUAAAGUAACAGGCAUUAAUUCUCUUCUUCCUUUCUUUAUUUUAUUUUAAUCACGCAUACGUACACACAUGCACAUGCGCACACGCAUAUACAUACAGGACAUGUUAUAUAUUUUAUAUGUACAUUUUGUGGUUAAGUGUAAAUAUCGUAAAGAGUACUGUUGUGUGUGUAAUUUAAUUCUAGAUAAAUCUAGGGUUAAACCGAGUACAUUGUUAAUUUAAUAAACGAGCAGUCUUGCCUUCCGACUUACGGAAACGGAGAGUUUAUUAUAUCAGUCUACGAUAACGCAUAACGAAUCGAGCUACGUUGCUAUUACCUCACACUGUAUGUUAUGUAUAUUAUAAAUGUUAGAAGAUCGAAAAAUAUAAAAUGUAUCCAAUGCAGAA